GGCUGGUGGGGGAGUAGAGCCGAUCCAGCCAGCCAGUCGAGCAAACCAGAACGGGCGUCAAGGCAUGGAUACCACAUCCCCCCCGCUCCAACACCGCCUCAUGUCGUGUUGUGGUGUGUACAUACCAUAACACACACACACACACACACACGAGCUACGAUCACAACAACAUCCACAUCGAUGGUGCUGCAAACUGUGUGACACCAGCAGCAUCAGCACCACUGCACGCACAAUAUGGACGCCGUGUGCAAGCUUCUGCCGGACGCCGUCUUGAAGCUGCACGUUGGCUCUGGGGAAGAAGCACAAGACGCCACCACCUUUCCUCGUAUCCAACUUCAUCAUGGCGUCAUCUCCUUCGCAGACAUAUCCGGCUUUACAUCAAUGUGCGAGAAAGCAGCAGCAGAAGGAAGCAUAGGCGUCGACAAGCUCAGCAGAACCCUCAACUCAACUCUCGAGGGCGUCGUCCAAGAGUUGCUGUUGUCUGGCGCAGAUAUCCUGCACUUUGCUGGAGACGCCAUCCUUGCGCUGUGGGAGUGCGACAACAUUGGCAUCGACAACACGCUGCCGUGUGCCCUGGAGGCGUGCAAGCGCAUCCAGGCCUGUCUGCGCCGGCAGUCCGAGAAGGCCAACGUCCCCCUGCACAUCAAGUUGGGCGUGUCGUUUGGCGAAAUCAACCUCGUGCACAUGGAGAGCGGCCCGGAGCGCCAGUUCUUCGCCAUCGGGCCCGCCGUCGAACGCGUCGCGAAUGCACAGAACGUGGCUGCCCGCGGCGACACCAUCAUGUGCAACCACUGCGUGGAGGUCGUGGCCCACCGGUUCCCCAUGGAGAUGCUGCCCAACGGUUAUGGACGCUUGUUCGAUCCAAACGCCACAUUACCAGCGCGUGGUCGUGCCCCAUGGGUACGCAUAGUGCACCGGGCAAUGUGCACCGCAAGCAGCGAGUACAACUGGCCGGCAUUACGGGCAUAUGUGCCCCGCAAUAUUCUGCUGCGCAUGCACGACACGACUGACCUGCGCUGGCUGGCUGAGAUCCGCGCCAUCACCACCGCGUUCGUCAAGGUGUCCCUGCCACAGGACAUCAGCGACAGCAUCACGCACACGGCGGCGGCCCUCCAGCGCGCGUUUGACGUCAUCUCGCCCUGCGCCCGGCGGAUGGGCGGUACCGUGGCAAAGGUGCUGGCCUUCGAUAAGGGAUACACCUUCAUGGUCGUGUUCGGUCUCCCCGGGCAGAAGCUGGAGCACGGCGGCAAGCACGCCCUCCUCGCCGCCCGCACCUUCCACGCCGGCGUGUGCGCAGCGCUGCCGUCAGCGCAGGUCGGCAUUGGCGUGGCCACGGGGCCCGUGUACUGCGGGGUGGUUGGCCAUCCACUGCGCCACGAGUACACCAUCAUUGGCGACAGCGUGAACGUGUCCGCCCGCCUCAUGGUCGCCUUCCCAAACGCCGUCGUGUGUGACGAAGUGACGCGUGCCCAGGCGCUCGCCCUGCCCCUGAAGCCGCUGCCACACCUCGAGCUGCGCGGGAAGACAAACGCGGGGGAGUUCUUCAUGCUGCCAGUGGUGGAUGGGACGCCUGACACCGGCACUGACGACGACGGGGUGGAUGUUGUCGAGACGACCGAAAGCCAUCCUCAACAGCAACACGCCGAAGAGGUGGAUGAGGCCAAAGGCGGCGCCCUCAAGCCAUCGCACGGCGUGGCGGCAGAGGCAGAUGCCCACCCCGAUGGUCUCGAUGCUGAUGACGGUGGUGGUGAUGAUGACAACGCAACACACAGCACCUCCAGUGCCAACCGAGCGACGAGCACAUCCAGAGCGACAGCGAAUGACACGACCGCCGCCACAGCUAACGCCGCAAACACCGCCGCGAGUGGUAGCGAGAACGAUGGAGACAGCAGCCCGCGUGCGAGCCUGAUUGGGCGCGCGACGCAACUUCGACGCUUCACGCAGCUGAUCACAGAGGCAGGGAUGGGCAGCACACGCACAUGCACGCGCGUGUACCACGUGAGCGGGGAGACGGGCAUGGGCAAGACACGCCUGCUGGCUGCGAUGAAGGGCGUGUGCCAGCAGCGAGGCAUCCCUUCCCUCGCAGGUGCCGCCGAGCGGAUGGACAGCACCACCCCGCUUGCCGUCGUGCGUCAGCUGCUGCUGCAGGGACUGACGACAAAGGCAGGAAGCAGCGCAACGCACCAGCGGCUUCGAGCCCUCCGCUCUGUCCUCGCCCGCGUGAGCGCAUCGGAUACCGAUGUGACAACGCCCCACGUUGCCGCCUUCCUACGCUUGGACGACGGGUCCUUGCAUCACGGCGCUGGUGCGGGCAUGCGUGUGCACGGCAGGGCCACUGCCACUGGUGGACGCAGCACCACAUCGCGCCUCCCUGGCAGCCGCUUCCUUGCCAUGCAGCAGCAGCAGCAACGCCACCACCACCACCACCGCCACCAGCAGCACCACAGUCGCCACGAACACAGCAGCGCACGCGGGGCCGUUGGCGGCGUUCCACGGCAACUGAGCGCAAGGACGCUGCGACCGCUGCUGCGAGACGUGUUGGCGGUAUUGACUCAGAAUGCAGUUGUGUUUGUGGACGAUGUGCAGUGGUGUGACGCCGCAUCGUGGCAGCUGCUCUCAACCCUGGUUAUGCUCCACCACCAACACUCUGACAGCGACAAGGGCGAUUAUGAUGAUGAUGACGACGACGACGACGAUGACGAUGACGAUGAUGAUGGUGGUGGUGGCGGUGAAAAGAAUCAUGUCGGGGAUCAUGAUGUUGACGCUGGAGGUGUGAAUUCAGCAGCUCGGCGCCGCCACACGAACAAAGCACUGGCGUCGUCAGAAAACAAUGACCGGGGUGGCUCGAUCACCGGCUGCACGGGGCCGCUGCUGCUCGUGCUGGCGGGUCGCCCUCUCUCCACACCGUCGCUCGCCCCGGCUGCUGCAGGGCUGCCACAGCAAACAGCAACAGAACAAUCAACAACCCCAACAGCCACACAGACAGCAGCAUCGGGGAAGCGGGAUGGUCGCCGUCCGAGUGGUGAAAGUGUAUUCAACGCCACACCCGAGCUGCUGCAGUCACCGGCCACCGUCAGUGAAGCCUUGGCGCCACUGUCGAACGAGGAGGUCAAGCAGCUGGCAGCGGCAAAGCUGAAGGUCGAUGUGGUUCCAGACCGUCUGGGCAGGAUGCUGCAUGCCAGGAGUCAGGGCAACCCGCUGUACUGCGAGCAACUGAUCAUGUCACUCGUGGAGCACGGGGUGCUGGUGGCGACGGGGGAGGGUGCUGCUGCGUGGAUGCACACCAACGGCAGCAGUAACAACGGGUUACCGCCAGCAGGAGCGCCAGACAUGGGGGCGCUGUCUCCAAGCAUCAGCUCCCUCUCCCUUUCCGGUGUUGCGGGUGAAGUGGGUCGCGCGGCAUCCGUGCACAUGCUGGACCAAGUUCCCGUCCCAAAUACCCUGCACGACAUUCUCCUGCACCGCUUCGAUCAGCUCUCCGCCACGACGCUGCUCGUGCUCAAGUGCGCCGCCGUUGUCGGCAUGGACUUCCACGUUCGCGACCUGUCUUUCUUCACGGACAUCACGGGGGUGCGCCACACCAUCGUGCGCAACCUGCGUGAGCUCGACAAGGCCGAGAUGAUCGAGUUUGUGCCCUCCGCUGCCGGAGACCUCCCGCGCUGCCGGUUCCGCCAGGAAGUUGUCCGCAGCGCCGCCUACGACCUGUGGCCGCCGUCAACGCGCGUCAACUUGCACGCCAGGUACGCUGCUGCCCUGGAGAACUGGGCACACGUGCAGGAGCAGCAACAGCAGCAGCAUCUCGAGGAAGGGCACGGGCGAUACAGUCGCGUGAGUGGCGGAAAUGUCAUGGUCACCAGCAGCGGCGGCAGCCGAAGAGACAGUCGUUCCCAACGCCAGCAGGACCACGAGUACAGGCGCGCGUCUGCCCGCCACAGCCACGGGCGCCUCAGCGUACAGCUGCUGGUGCCGCCGUCGCUCUCACAGGACGCGUUUGCAGCGGAGGAGCGCCUGCUCGACCCAAUGGUGAUGGCGGACCACUGGCUGCGGGGGGAGCGAGCCGACAAGGCAUGCUCCUACCUCGUGACAGCUGCACGCGACAAUCUUGCGGACGGCGAAGUCGGUUCCGCCCUCUCGCUGCUGUUGCGCGCGCAACGGCUGCAGGCGUCAAACACGUUGCCGAAGCUCGCGCGCUUGCGCGUUCUCACGCUGCUGGCAGAGACAUUCAGCACGCUGGAGCAGCACAAGCAUUGCGUCCGCGCGUGUCUUGAUGCGUUGCGACUGCUGGGCGUGCACGUCCCGCGUCGCUGGCCGGUAUUGUGGUCUGUGCAGCUGCACAUGUGGAAUCGAACAGGCCGGCGCAAUCACCGCCCACGCACGCACAGCCCCGCUGGGACACGCAACAACAGCAGUCGUGGUGGGCAUGUGGCGAGCGGAGCAAAUGCCCGUGAUGCUGACGCGGGUGGCCCUGCAGAUGGCGAGGCUCAGGGUGAUGGCAGCGGUGAUCGACACAGGGUCAGCGUUGCAGGUGUCAGCGUUGCAGGUGUCAGCGUUGUUGGCCGCAGGUCGGAUGGCAGUGGUGUCGGUGCAUAUGCAACCCAGCAGAGGCCUGCGGGCGAAGAGAAGCGCCGCAGACAAAUCCUGAGAAGAGCGCCAGCAAUGAAAGGGAAGCAGGGGCCAACGGGGGUGAGCGGAUACAACAGCCAUGGUCGUGCUCGUGUUGAGGUGCAUGACAUUCACCAUCCAGUCAUGCCCAACAGCAGCGGGCACGAGGGUGCUGGGUUGCGCGCGGGUGUCGGCGCGGUUGAGGCAGCGGCAUCCCAGCCCUCGCGGCCGCCAACAACGCGAACAGCAGCAACGACAGCAGGGACAUCAGCGGUGGGGAAGACGACGGGAAAACCAAAGGUUGUGGUGAGCAGAGGUGGAAGGGCGACGAAGCUCACUGGCACCAGCAGCAAUGGAACAGGUGACACCACAGCAGGUUCUGGCAGUGCCGAAAAUGGUGACGACAACGAUGAUGGCUUUGGUGGCGACAGCGAGGAAGAGACGUUGAAACAAGGCUGGGCAGAUAUGGCUGCCGGUGCUUUAUCGCACUUGACAACUGCGUACCAGGCAUUGGGCAACACGCAGGCAGCGGCGUGUGCGGCGUUUGUUCUGGUCCGCGUGGUGCAGAGACAUCAGCAGCCGCGGCCGCUGUUUGAUGAGGCACUCACGUUCCUGCUGCUCGUUGGCCAACACGCAAGACAGCGCGCGCUCCUGGCGUGGUGCAACCGUGCACUGACCACAACGCUGGCGUUUCCAGCCACACCGGAGCAGCUGUACUUGCUGGACACACACACGCUCGUGUCGUUUUCGCGCGGGUGUUUGCGGCACGUGCUCAACAGCACGCGUCGCGCCUCAGACAUCUGCACGCACUUUGGCCUGAGCGGGCACGCGGCAACGGUGCUGCUGUGGCGAAUGUUGGCAGCGUUGUACCUGCUCGAUGCCGACGUGCUGUCCACCUCCCACCGUGUGUGUGUGCGCAUCACGCUGGGGCGGCAGCACACCGCGAGCACACAGGCGAUGCAGUUUAUGGGCGGGCGAAGGCGAAGCAGAGGGUACAGCACAGACAGCAACAGCAGCAUCGGCACCCCCGUCUAUCCAACAGGCGCGUCUGACGCACGUAUGAGCGAGCAGUGGCCGCGAAAGUCCAUCACAACAGCCGUCCCACCACAACCACAAACAGCAGCAGCUGCUGUGGUCGCGGGCGGUGGCGGUGGUGGUAAACAUCCACCCAUCUUACUUGCGGUGCCACCAGCAUCCUCCCAGUCCAGGUCAUCCCACCGCAGUGUUGACGAUGACGGCUGCGAUGACAGGCCACAUCAUCGUUGUGAUCAUGAUCUCAGUGGCGACAGCUCUGGCGAGUCUGUGCAUGAUGCCACUGUAGUUGAGAUCCAGCACCAUUCGAGCGACGUGAACGGCAAUCAUGAAGAGGAAGUGACACCGCCACCGCCGGCGCAGCCACGUCCGAGCUGGCGCCGGCCAAGCCGUCCGUCCAUCUUCAGCAUCCGCAGCGCCGCCCAUGUGCCGAGUAGGAGCCGAACCAGUGUUGACACAGCCACAGCGUCGCAGCAGCAGCAGCAAGGGCGAGGUAGUUUGGUGCAUCCUGACAGCGACGCACCCCAACCACACGGUAGCGGAAUGGCGACGCUGGGUGUUAGCGACACGGACAAUGACGACCAGGGUGGCAGUGACGAUGGUGAUGGUAUUCGCGGUGGUCGUAGCAACGGCAGCGUUGCUGAUUUCACGACGGCGUCGCCUGCGCGGCGACGGCGACGAAGAGGGAGCUCCAUUCUCACAGACUUCAGCAGCGCGAACGGCAUCAGCGCGCCGGCAUCGUUCACCUCCAACAACUGCGGUGAUGCGGAUGAUGCAGUGAUGGUGCACGGUGGUUUGAGCAUGAGUCAGACACCGCCAGAUGUGCAGGCGACAGCCUGCAUUGCGAUUGCACUCAACUGUGUGUUCUGCCGUGCAGGUCAUUUUGCGCCAUCAUCCGCAGUUCCGUGUGAUGCUGGCCUGUGGCCCAGUGGCGACGAUGUGCACCUGUGGACAGACAUUGCAGCACUCGCAACUGACAUGACUGGUGCUGUUGCUCCCGACCUUCAAGCCUGUCUGCUCGCGAUCCUCGCAGUGCGGGCUGCGCUGCAAGGGCAGCAGCAUCUCGUUGAACGCCACUUGGCUCUGGUGGACAUCGAUGCUCUCGUCCACCCAUGCAGCGCCAUGGAUGCCUUGAGCGUGAGCCUGUGCUGUUUUGCUGCCACCAUCGCAUUGCUGCACUGGAACGACAAGGAGAGCAACACGCUGUUCGCGCGGUGGUGUGGUGCGCUCGCAUCCAUCCAUCGCACCCACCCCGUCCACACGCCGCGUCUUCAUUUCAUGGCAGCACUCGUCCUCUUCAAGCGGCGCCUUCACAGACGCGCACUCGCCAUGUUCCGCAAGGCUGUGAAGAGCGCAGAGCGCUAUGGCGUCGCGUACGAUGCAGUGUGGAUCUCCACCACAGCUGCCCGCUUGUUCCCAAAGUUCAAGGAGUGGCAGCAUGGCGUUGAUGAAGUUCGUGUCGACAUGCCCGAUGUCGCGUCCAUCGUCCUCCGCCCACAGCACGGGCAGCAAGAGGGGUUCAACCUCAAUCAGAGCACUUGA